AAGGCUUCGGGAGCCGAAGCCGUCGGGUCGCCGCGGCUUUCGCUUUGCAGCCGCAGUUGGGCGGGAGGGAGCGGCGGACUCGGCUGCCGGCUCUCCCGGCGUCCCGGUUCGGGCAGCGCCGAGGGGCGCUUCUGGUCCAGCCCUUCCAGUUCGGGGGUUCCCUGCCGAGGCGCCCGCGCCCCCGGGCUCCCAGCCUCGGCCGCCGCGGCCCCGAUGCCUAGGCAUGGAUAGAGCGGCGCUGCGCGCGGCGGCGAUGGGAGAGAAGAAGGAGGGCGGUGGCGGGGGGGAUGCGGCGGCCGCGGAGGGAGGCGCCGGGGCCGCGGCCAGCCGGGCGCUGCAGCAGUGCGGGCAGCUCCAGAAGCUCAUCGACAUCUCCAUCGGCAGCCUGCGCGGGCUGCGCACCAAGUGCGCCGUGUCCAACGACCUCACCCAGCAGGAGAUCCGGACCCUGGAGGCGAAGCUGGUCCGGUACAUUUGUAAGCAGCGGCAGUGCAAGCUGAGCGUGGCUCCCAGCGAGAGGACCCCGGAGCUCAACAGCUACCCCCGCUUCAGCGACUGGCUGUACACCUUCAACGUGAGGCCGGAGGUGGUGCAGGAGAUCCCCCGAGAGCUCACGCUGGAUGCCCUGCUGGAGAUGAACGAGGCCAGGGUGAAGGAGACACUGCGGCGCUGUGGGGCCAGUGCGGAGGAGUGUGGCCGCUUGCAGUAUGCCCUCACCUGCCUGCGGAAAGUGACAGGCCUGGGAGGGGAACACAAGGAGGACUCGGGUUGGAGUUUGUUGGAUGCUCGGCGGGAAAGUGGCUCAGGGGCUUCCACGGACACCCUCUCACCAGCCAGCCUGCCCUGGCCGCCGGGGAGCUCUCAGCUGGGCAGAGCAGGCAACAGCGCCCAGGGCCCACGCUCCACCUCCGUGUCAGCUCUUCCCGCCUCGGACUCCCCCACCACCAGCUUCAGUGAGGGCCUCUCGGACACCUGUAUCCCCCUGCACGCCAGCGGCCAGCUGACCCCCUGGGCCCUGCACAGCUUCAUCACCUCGCCCACCACACCCCAGCUGCGACGGCACACCAAGCUGAAGCCACCACGGACGCCCCCGCCACCCAGCCGCAAGGUCUUCCAGCUGCUGCCGAGCUUCCCCACUCUCACCCGGAGCAAGUCCCACGAGUCUCAGCUGGGGAACCGCAUUGACGAGGUCUCCUCAAUGAGGUUUGAUCUCCCGCAUGGAUCCCCACAGAUGGUACGGAGGGAUAUCGGGCUCUCAGUGACGCACAGGUUCUCCACCAAGUCCUGGCUGUCGCAGGUCUGCCACGUGUGCCAGAAGAGCAUGAUAUUUGGAGUGAAGUGCAAGCAUUGCAGGUUGAAGUGUCACAACAAAUGCACCAAAGAAGCUCCUGCCUGUAGAAUAUCCUUCCUGCCACUAACUCGGCUUCGGAGGACAGAAUCUGUCCCCUCGGACAUCAACAACCCGGUGGACAGAGCAGCCGAACCCCACUUUGGAACCCUCCCCAAAGCACUGACAAAGAAGGAGCACCCUCCGGCCAUGAAUCACCUGGACUCCAGCAGCAACCCUUCCUCCACCACCUCCUCCACACCCUCCUCGCCAGCGCCCUUCCCGACAUCAUCCAACCCAUCCAGUGCCACCACGCCCCCCAACCCCUCACCUGGCCAGCGGGACAGCAGGUUCAACUUCCCAGCUGCCCACUUCAUUCAUCAUAGACAGCAGUUCAUCUUUCCAGACAUUUCGGCCUUUGCACAGGCAGCCCCGCUCCCCGAAGCCGCCGACAGCACCCGGCUCAACGACCAGCCGAAAGCAGACGUGUUGGAGGCUCACGAAGCAGAGGCUGAGGAGCCAGAGGCUGGCAAGUCAGAGGCAGAAGACGAUGAGGACGAGGUGGACGACUUGCCGAGCUCUCGCCGGCCCUGGCGAGGCCCCGUCUCUCGCAAGGCCAGCCAGACCAGUGUGUACCUGCAGGAGUGGGACAUUCCCUUCGAGCAGGUAGAGCUGGGCGAGCCCAUCGGUCAGGGCCGCUGGGGCCGGGUGCACCGCGGCCGCUGGCAUGGCGAGGUGGCCAUUCGCCUGUUGGAGAUGGACGGCCACAACCAGGACCACCUGAAGCUCUUUAAGAAAGAGGUGAUGAACUACCGGCAGACGCGGCACGAGAACGUGGUGCUCUUCAUGGGGGCCUGCAUGAACCCGCCCCACCUGGCCAUCAUCACCAGCUUCUGCAAGGGGCGAACAUUGCACUCGUUUGUGAGGGACCCCAAGACUCUCGACAUCAACAAGAUGAGGCAGAUCACUCAGGAGAUCAUCAAGGGCAUGGGGUAUCUUCAUGCCAAGGGCAUCGUACACAAAGACCUCAAAUCCAAGAACGUCUUCUAUGACAACGGCAAGGUGGUCAUCACAGACUUCGGGCUGUUCGGGAUCUCAGGCGUGGUCCGAGAGGGACGGCGUGAGAACCAGCUGAAGCUGUCCCACGACUGGCUGUGCUAUCUGGCCCCUGAGAUCGUGCGUGAGAUGACCCCUGGGAAGGAUGAGGAUCAGCUGCCAUUCUCCAAAGCUGCUGACGUCUAUGCAUUUGGUGGGCCCAAGAUACAGGUUUUGGGCUCCUGGCUGUGGCUGUGGCCUCCUUGGCUAGGCUCUGGAGCAGUGCAAAUGGCAGCUGAACUCCAUUUGCAGGAGAUCCUGUCGGCCUGCUGGGCUUUCAACCUGCAGGAGAGACCCAGCUUCAGCCUGCUGAUGGACAUGCUGGAGAAACUUCCCAAGCUGAACCGGCGGCUCUCCCACCCCGGGCACUUCUGGAAGUCAGCUGACAUUAACAGCAGCAAAGUUGUACCCCGGUUUGAAAGGUUUGGCUUGGGCGUCCUGGAGUCCAGUAAUUCAAAGAUGUAGCCAGCCAUGUGGUUUUUCUGCUGCUGAUCUCUUUCUUUUUAAAAUGCGUUUCUGAAACAUCCAAACAACCACCACGACAAAAAAAUAGACUACCUGCUGAGCGCUGCAAACCGGGAGCACGUGUCCUAGAUUGAGAUUGUUCGCAAUAAACCCCAUUCGGGAGAUGGAGCUGCACCUGCUAUUUCUUAACAUGACACCACCAACAACCAAACCUGUCCUGACAGACAGCAAAUGUUUACACCUAUAUGUCUGCUGAGUGAACCUGAUGUUUUACAAUAGAUUAAUAAUAGAAACAGUCCAUGCGUAGAUGCGCUGGCACUAACGGCCAGGAUGGCGGAAAUGGCCGUGUCCUCUGGAGGACCUUGUAGGCGGUGAGGGACCCAUGCUGGGCCAGAGGGGAAGACACAUGGCGAUUGCAGCUGUUCUUGGGAUGGGGCAGGGAGCCCACAAGGUCUGACCUGGACUCGGCUUUUUGACCCAAGAGCCCAUUGAGGGAUUGGAGACUCUCUCUAGGCCUCUCCCCUUGUCCUUCCAAAGGGAUGCUGCCCCUUCCUUGUCUUGCAGAGGAAACCCUGGCUGGGAACUGAGCUAGAUUAUGGAGUCUGGAGUUCCUGGAGAGCUUGGGUUCACCUUCUCAUCCCUGUAAUCCAGGCUUCUCCUGUUGGAAAAAUAGAAACAGAAUCCAGAAAAUGUCUGGACUCACCCGGUAGUUCCCAGCCAGGGUUUCUGCUGCAAGGUGAGGAAACACCCAUAGCUUGUACAGAUGUGAGUCUUUGAUGAAGCCCCCAGCAGGCACCAAGGUGAUGGGACUCAGGACCUUGGCUUUUCGAUACAUCCCAGUCCCUGACUGACAUCUGACCACGAGGGCUGGAUGGGUGAGAACGAGGAAGACAGGAGAAGGAGUAGAUGGCAAAGGUACCUGAGCCCUCUUCCCAGCCACAGGGUGACCCUGGCACUGUAAAACCCUUUGUCAGUCAUGCUAGAAGGUUCUAGAAUUUCCCACCUCUUCCAUGUCAGUCCUGUUGAAACCCCUUAGCCCAUUACCAACUCCCCUGUCCAUGCUCUGAGCUCAGAUGGGCAGCGUGUGGCCCAUGACCCCUUUCAUGUAGACCCAGCUAGCUGGCCCCCAUCUGCAGAGUCUUCUCUGGCACCACUAGGCCUUCUACUUGUAUCCGUUUGAAGCAGGAGGGGCUGGAUUUGGAAAAGUCUUUGACGUGAGAGCACCACACUUGUCUUCAUUAGCAACUCUCACCUGCAGAGAAAAGUUCCAGAUGCCAAGGGAACCCUUAAGUGGAGGUUAGGCUGUGUUAGCCUCCAAAACCAGAAAGGAAAAGGGUUGGGAGUGAAGAUGAGAUUGGAUUCAGGCCCAGGACCUGUGACCAUGCUCUGAGCUCGGACUUGGGAAGGGAGGGAGGUGGCUCCCACCCCUUGCAGUUAGACCCGCCUACCAGAGCCCCAGUCUCCAGCCCCUUCCCUAGCACCGGAGCCUGGUCAGAAUGCCACGGAAGAUGAGCUGCUCUGCCAGGAAGCUGUGGAGCUGCCUCCUCUCCAGGCCGGGCACCCCUUGGUCAGCCCCUCCUUGGCACAGCUAUAUAGCAGUGCCAGCGUGCUUGUCCAUCAGUGUCUUCACCCUUCCCAGCACUUGAGGGGUGGCCAUGAACCACAUGGACUUGGCUCUGUGCAGGGCUUCUGUGCUGUGGUGGGACUGCUCAUUUUGCCCUAUCAACCUUUGGGCCACCACACGCCUGCCCCUUCCCAGGGAUCACCUGUGUCUCCAGCCUUCCACUUUUCUAUUGCAACGGUGCCCUUUGUCCAGGAGAGAGUAGGCCCGAUGGAUGUCCUGGUGAGCCCCACGGUUGGACAUCAGCUCAGCCAGUCAGGCUCGGUUCCUCCCCAACCCCUGACGCCAGGCCACAGUGGGACGCGCAGGCCCCCAGAAAGUCAUUCUGGGUUUUGCUUUUUCUCAUGAGCAUCACAGUUAAAGAAGCAUUCAUUGAGCAACUACAGUGCACUUGGCCCUGUGCAAGUGCUGGGCACCUAGAGAUAGGAGCAGUCAUGGUCCCUGCUCUUAAGGAACUGAUGACCUGGUGGGGCCCUGUUAUCUUCCAGGAACCCAGAAGCCACUGGGCCCCACAGGUGGAACUGGAGGACUGGGGGCAGCCUUCUGGCUCUCAGCCUGCCACCUCUGUACUGCCUGUCUUUUAAGAACCCCACCCCAUCCCGUGAUGGUCCCCCUGCUUCCCUUGUAUUUCAGUGACUGUGAACUGAGGUUAGGAAGGCACACCUGCCCUUCUGUGUGUUCUCUCCGUCUGCCUUGGAAACACGAAGGACGACAGAUACUGUGAAUUCAGCCCUCACAGCCAGCUGUGAAGGGGAUGGAGAAGGCUGGGAGGGCUUGGGGAGAGCUCUUAGGGGCUGCGGAAGUCCCCACUGGGGUCUGAGAGUGGAGCCCAAGCUUUGGCCCUCCAAGGCACCCCCAGUUUCCAGCCUCGCCUCUGAAGCCCUGCUGCCUUGAACCACCAGAGCCGCAGCCCCCUGGGUUUCUGCCUAACUCGAAGUCUUGAAUCCUAGCUAGUUUGGGGUUAGUUGUGAGCAGUGUGUAGCAAAGCUGAUCUCUCCAUGUCGCCAAGUCAAAACACCCUCUGUCUCCUUACAGCAUUUCCUCUUGAGGUCACAGAGGGGAAUGGCAAGCCCUGGCAACCUGUGCUAUUCUGUGUGGCUUUGGCAUGGGGGGAGGGCGGGCAUGUAAAUGUGAAGCCAGUUGGAGUUUGUGCUGUGCAGCAGUGUUAGCCAGGAUCUCAUCAGCGUGUGCAAACCUAGCAUCUGUGGCCACAAACCAUACACUUGCUUUCUUUGAAUGCGAUGUAAAAUUUGUACAGUAAAGUUUUUAUAUUUUCUAUCAACUGUAUUUGUCUUCCAGACAUGCUAUUAAUUUAAAUUAAAAUGGUUAGUAUUAACAAA